GGAAGAUACCGGAAGCAAGUGGAAGAUGGCGGAAGCAACUGGAAGAUGGCGGAAGCAAAUGUGAAUGCAAGCUCAACUAGCCACCAUUUUUGACCCAUAAAAGUCCAUAAAAGUGGCUUUACCGCUACAGAAUGGAGAUCGUUAUUGCAAUUGCAGCGAAAAUUGCAGAGUACACUGUUGGACCAGUUGGACAGUGGCUAUGUUAUUCAUGUCACUUCAACAUCAACAUAGAGAAUCUGAAGAAUCAGGAAAAGAAUUUGCGGGAUGCUAAGAACAGGGUGCAACACUUGAUUGAUGCCGCUUCAAGAAAUGGCGAGGAAAUUGAAGAUGAUGUUAAAACGUGGUUGAUAAGGGCAGAUCAUAUUACAGAGUUGGCCACCACGAAACUUCAUGAAAUCGAAGAAGAAGCAGGUACAGGGAGCUCUAAUGCGGCAUGCCUAAACUUGAAACAUCGACAUCAAUUAAGUCGGGAAGCAAAGAAGAUUGCGGAAAAUAUUGCCGAACUUGUUAAAAAUGGAAAUUUUGAUAGAGUUUCAUAUCGUCCUGCUUCAGAAGGAAUGGAGAUGACAAGAAACAUGGAUUACAAUUACAUGGCCAUGGUGUCAAGAAUGACAAUGGUGAAGGAGAUUAUGGAGGCAUUGGGAAAUGCUGAUAUCGACAAGAUCGGGGUGUGGGGGAUGCCUGGAGUUGGAAAGAGUACUCUGAUGAAAGAAAUUGCCAGACAAGCCAAGGAAGAAAAGUUAUUCAAUGAGGUGGUUAUGACAAUGGUGACAAAUAGCCCAGAUGUAAGGCGAAUUCAAGGAGCGAUUGCAUACAAACUAGAUCUAAAUUUUGAUCAAGAAGCUGAUGAAAAAGAUAGAGCAAGUCAUCUGCAACGGAGGCUAUCAAAAGACAAGAAGGUGCUUGUUAUCCUGGAUGAUAUAUGGAAGGCAUUUGAUUUACAGGAAAUGGGAAUUCCUUCCAAAGGAUGCAAAGUAGUAAUGAUAUCCAGAGAUCGUGAUGUAUUAAUUAGUGGAAUGGACACCCAAAAAGCAAUUCAUGAACUUAAAAUUUUACAGAAAGACGAAGCAUGGAACUUAUUUGAGAAGAUGGCUGGUGAUUCUUUCCAAGAUCGGCCUGAAGUGAGAGGCAUAGCAACUAAGAUAGCUGAAAAGUGCGCGGGUCUUCCUAUUGCACUUGUAAUAGUUUCAAAGGCAUUAAAAAAUAAGAGUUUGGGAAUCUGGAAGGAUGCCCUGGUGCAACUAACAAGACCCGCUCCAGAAAAUGACUCAAAAAUAUGGUCACCCAUCUAUUCUUGUAUACAUCUGAGUUAUGAACAUCUUGUUGGUGAAGAGGUCAAAUCCCUCUUUUUACUCUGUGCUCAACAAGAUUACUACAUUUUCUACCAAGAUUUGUUGAGAUAUGGUUUCGGUUUGGGUUUAUUCCUCAACAUUUAUACAUUGGAAGAAGCAAGAAACAGACUAGAAAGUUUACUUAGUAAUCUCCAAGAUUCUUGUUUGCUACUAGAAAGUCCACAUAGCUCCAAGGAAUUUAACAUGCAUGAUCUUGUUCGUGAUGUUGCUAAAAUAAUUGCAUCAAAGAAUCAUAAUAUGUUUGUCAUGAGAGAUGAUGGUGGGCAAAAAGCAUGGCCAGAUGUGGAUGCACUAAAUAGAUGUGAGGCGCUCUCUAUUCAUGGUGGAGAUAUCCAUAAACAUCCCAAUAAAAUGGAAUGCCCUAAAUUAAGAUUCUUUCACGUCGACUGUAAAGACACACUUAAUUUGAAAAUCCCGAACAUUUUCUUCCAAGGAAUGGAAAAGCUUGAAGUUCUGAGUUUGAGAAAUAUGCAACUUUCAUCACUUUUUCCACUUACAAACCUACAAACAUUGUGUCUAGAUGGAUGUAUGUUGGGAGAUAUUCAUGGGAUUGGAGAACUCAAGAAUUUAGUAAUUCUUAGUCUUGCUCGUUCUGAUAUUUCAAAUCUGCUAAGAGAAAUAGGGUCUCUGACUCGUUUGCGGUUAUUGGAUUUGAGCAAUUGUUCCAAACUUAGAGUGAUUCCUCCUAAUGUCUUGUCAAGCUUGGUCAACUUAGAAGAAUUGUAUAUGCGAAAAACCUAUGUCCAAUGGGAGGUUGAAGGACCCAGCAAUGAAGGAAAAAAUGCUAGCCUUGCAGAGUUGAAAAAAUUGUCACACUUGAUCACCUUAGAGAUACAUAUUCGAAAUGGCAUGAAGCUACCGAAAGAUUUGUUUUCUAAAAAGCUUGAGAGAUACAAGAUACGCAUUGGAGAUAUCAUGCCAUGGGAAACAUUUAACGGGGCCACCUUCUCAAGAACGUUAAAACUCAAACUGAAUGGAAGCUUCCAAUUGGACUCUGGGAUCAAAAUGCUACUGAAGAGGACAGAAUAUCUUUAUUUAGACGAAUCGAAUAGAACUGAGAGUGUCUUAUAUGAAUUAAAUAGAGAAGAUUUUCAACAACUGAAGCAUCUCCAUAUCCAAAAUAGUGGUAAUAUUAAGCAUAUCCCUAAGUUGAGGACACCGGCUAUUGCCUUUCCUAUCCUGGAGACAUUUGUUUUGAAACAUAUGAUCAGCUUGGAAGAAAUUUGUCAGGGCAACCUUCCAUUCACAUCUUUCAAAAGCUUGAAAGUUUUAAAUGUGGAAAACUGUAAGAAAUUAAGAUUUAUCUUCUCAUCAUCUAUAGCCAGAGGCCUUUCACUACUUGAAGAAUUGAACAUAACAAGAUGCAACAACGUGGGUGCAAUAUUCAUGAAAGAAGAAGAAGACGGAAUAGAAGAUCAGGAAGAUAUGAUGUUGUUCGGUCGACUUCAAACCUUAGUGCUAAAGGAUCUUCCAAAGCUCGUGGGCUUCCUAAGCACAAAAGAUUCAUUCAUGACUGAUUGCAGAGAAACCAAUUCGGAGGGCAACCAUGAUCUUCAGUUACCGCUUCUACAUCAUCAUCAGCUUUCCUUCCCUAAUUUGAAAAUACUGCAUCUGAGAGGUCUGUCCAAAAUAAAGCAUGUUUGGAGUAACGUUAACGGAUGUGAGAGUUUGAAGUCUCUCGAGAUACAUGAUUGUGGGGCAAUGGAGGAAAUUGUCGCCAGAGAAGACGGGACAGAUCCAACAACUAGGCUUUUGUUCCCCAGCCUAAAUUAUCUAAGGCUAGAUGGGUUGCCAAAACUGAAGUGGUUUUUCCAAGGGGUGUGUACUUUGGAAUCAUCGUCGUCCAAGGAAUUACAUGGGCAGGGAGGCACACUUUUCGGGCCUGAAGAGAUCGCCUUUCCUAAUUUGACGAAUCUAAAUCUACGCAAUCUACCCAAAAUAAAGCAUGUAUGGAAUAAAGAUCCCCAAACAAUUCUCAGGUUUCAGAAUCUACAGCAUAUAACUGCUAGUAGAUGUAAGAGACUUAAAAGUUUGUUUCCAGCCUCCGUCGGUAGUUGUCUUAAGCAAUUGAAGACAAUUACAAUUGAUGAUUUCUGUGGAAUGGAAGAAAUUGUUAAGGUUGAAGGAGGAGAAGCAGCGAGAAGGACAUUGGUGUUCGUGUUCCCUCAAGUAACUUAUUUGUCUCUUUCAUAUUUACCGAGACUUGAGUGUUUUUACAAGGGAGUGCAUAUUUCAAAAUGGCCGAUGCUGAAAAAGAUUAAGAUUGAAAAAUGCAAUAAAGUUGAGGUAUUUGCUUCCGGACUUGUGAGUGAAGAAACAGUUGAAAAGAGGCAAUCUCAGAUGUCAAUUAAACAACCCAUUUUCUUGGUGGAUGAGAUGUCAUUCCCAAGCUUGGAGAUAUUGAACAUUUCUAUAAUGAAAAAGUUGGAGAUCAUAUGGUACGGGCUAGUCGCCGCAAGUCCAACUAGACUAGAUAUAAGUAACUGUGAUUCCUUAGAAGCUGUAUAUGAAGAACAUGAGGGGCAAGAUGGUAAGGAAUCCCAUGCUUUAACAACGACUCAACUUCUAAGAGCGAUGUCUUUGUAUUCUCUACCAAAAAUGAGAAACAUAUGGAAUAUCAAGGACUGCCAUCAACGCCAUAUGUACAGCUUUCCAAAUCUACUUGAUAUUGAUGUUAAGGGAUGUGAGAGUUUGAAAAGUUUGUUUCCAGCAGCCUCAGUUGCUGCAAGUCUCCCGCAAUUGCAGUCUCUAAAGAUACAUGAUUGUGGGGUAAUGGAGGAAAUUGUGGCCAGAGAAGACGGGGCAGAUCCAUCAACGAGGCUUUUAUUCCCCAGCCUAACUCUUCUAAGACUUGAUGGGUUGCCAAAACUCGAGUGGUUUUUCCAAGGGGUGCGUACUUUGGAAUCGUCGUCGUCGUCCAAGGAAUUACAUGAGCAGGGAGGCACACUUUUCGGGAUUGAAGAGGUUGCCUUCCCUAAUUUGACAAAACUGCGUCUACGCUGUCUACCCAAAAUAAAGCAUGUAUGGAGUAAAGACCCCCAAACAAUUCUCAGGUUUCAGAAUCUACAAAAAAUAACUGUUCAGAAAUGUGCAAGUCUUAAAAGUUUGUUUCCAACCUUGGUCGAUGGAUGUCUUAAGCAAUUGAAGAAAAUUAGUAUUCAUAACUGUGGGGUGGAGGAAAUUGUUGGGGCUGAAGGAGGAGUAGUGGGAAGGACGUUGGUGUUCGUGUUCCCUCAAGUAACUUCUUUCUAUCUUGAAAAUUUAUCGAGACUUGAGUGUUUUUACAAGGGAGUGCAUAUUUUAAAAUGGCCGAUGCUGAAAAAGAUGAAGAUUGAAAAAUGCGAUAGAGUUGAGGUAUUUGCUUCCGGACUUGUCAAUUUUGAAGAAUCAGUUGAAGAGAAACAAUCUCAUAUGUCAAUUAAACAAUCCAUUUUCUUGGUGAAUGAGAUGUCAUUCCCGAGCUUGGAGAUAUUGAAAAUUCGUCGAAUGGAAAAGUUGGAAAUUAUAUGGAAUAUGAAGGACUCCCAUCAACGCCAUAUGUACAGUUUUCCAAAUCUACUUGAUAUUGAUGUUAAGGGAUGUGAGAGUUUGAAAAGUUUGUUUCCAGCAGCCUCAGUUGCUGCAAGUCUCCCGCAAUUGCAGUCUCUAAAGAUACAUGAUUGUGGGGUAAUGGAGGAAAUUGUCGCCAGAGAAGACGGGACAGAUCCAACAACUAGGCUUUUGUUCCCCAGCCUAAAUUUUCUAAGCCUUGAUGAGUUGCCAAAACUCAAGUGGUUUUUCCAAGGGCUGCAUACUUUGGAAUUGUCGCUGUCCAAGGAAUUACAUGAGCAGGGAGGCACACUGUUCGGGAUUGAAGAGGUUGCCUUCCCUAAUUUGACAGAAUUGCAUCUAUGUUGUCUAGCCAAAAUAAAGCAUGUAUGGAGUAAAGAUCCCCAAACAAUUCAGAGGUUUCAAAAUCUACAAAAAAUAAUUGCUUGGAAAUGUGCGAGUCUUAAAAGUUUGCUUCCAGCCUCGGUCGAUGGAUGUCUGAAGCAAUUGAAGAAAAUUAUAGUUUAUGAUUGUGGGGUGGAGGAAAUUGUUGGGGCUGAAGGUGGAGAAGUAGUGGGAAGGACGUUGGUGUUCGUGUUUCCUCAAGUAGCUUAUUUGUAUCUCGCAAAUUUACCGAGACUUGAGUCUUUUUACAAUGGAGUGCAUAUUUCAAAAUGGCCGAUGCUAAAGAAAAUGUCGAUUGAAGGAUGCAAGAAAGUUGAGGUAUUUGCUUCUGGACUUGUGCGUGAAGAAACAGUUGAAAAGAGGCAAUCUCAAAUGUCAAUUAAACAACCCAUUUUCUUGGUGGAUGAGAUGUCAUUCCCGAGCUUGGAGAUAUUGAAAAUUCGUCGAAUGGAAGAGUUGGAAAUGAUAUGGAAUAUGAAGGACUGCUAUCAACGCCAUAUGUACAGCUUUCCAAAUCUACUUGAAAUUAAUGUUAAGGGAUGUGAGAGUUUGAAAAGUUUGUUUCCAGCAGCCUCAGUUGCUGCAAGUCUCCCGCAAUUGCAGUCUCUAAAGAUACAUGAUUGUGGGGUAAUGGAGGAAAUUGUCGUCAGAGAAGACGGGACAGAUCCAACAACUAGGCUUUUGUUCCCCAGCCUAAAUUUUCUAAGCCUUGAUGAGUUACCAAAACUCAAGUGGUUUUUCCAAGGGUUGCGUACUUUGGAAUCGUCGCUGUCCAAGGAAUUACAUGAGCAGGGAGGCACACUUUUCGGGAUUGAAGAGGUUGCCUUCCCUAAUUUGACAGAACUUCAUAUAUGUGGUCUAGCCAAAAUAAAGCAUGUAUGGAGUAAAGACCCCCAAACAAUUCUCAGGUUUCAAAAUCUACAAGAAAUAAAUGCUCAGAAAUGUGCAAGUCUUAAAAGUUUGUUUCCAACCUCGGUCGAUGGAUGUCUUAAGCAAUUGAAGAAAAUUAGAAUUAAUAAAUGUGGGGUGGAGGAAAUUGUUGGGGAUGAAUGUGGAGAAGCCGUGGGAAGGACGUUGGUGUUCGUGUUUCCUCAAGUAACUUCUUUGGAUCUCGCAAAUUUACCGAGACUUGAGUGUUUUUAUAAGGGAGUGCAUAUUUCAAAAUGGCCGAUGCUGGAAUCAAUGUCGAUUGAAGGAUGCGAGAAAGUUGAAGUAUUUGCUUCUGGACUUGUGAAUGAAGAAACAGUUGAAGAGAGGCAAUCUCAUAUAUCAAUUAAACAAUCCCUUUUCCUGGAUAAGAUGUCAUUCCCAAGCUUGGAGAUAUAGGAAAUUUAUAAAAUGGAAAGUUGGAAAUCAUAUGGUACGGGCAAGUCGCCGCAAGUCCAACUACACUACUGUGGCUCGUUAGAAGGUGUACUUGAGCAACAUGAGGGGCAAAAUGGUCAAGAAUCCCAUGCUUUAACAGCGACUCAACUUCUAAGAGCGAUGUAUUUGAGUUCCCUGCCAAAACUGAGAAACGUAUGGAAUAUCAAGGACUCCCAUCAACGCCAUAUGUAGUAUGUACAGCUUUCAACGCCAAUUUUUUCUGCUCUGUCCUGUCUUUAAUUGAAACAGAUUUAAGUUGUGUUUGGAUAGUGAGAUAAUCUCAUAUACUUUGUAAAUAGUAAUAAAAAAUUAAUAAUAGAAUAAUGAAUAAUAGUAUAAAAUAAGUAAAAAAUAAUGAUAAAAUAAUUAAUAGUAGUAAAUCCAGACCUAGCUUGAAACUAUUGAAUCUAUAUGGUCUAAUCAAAAUAGAGCAUGUAUGGAGUAAAGACUCCCAAACAAUUCCCUAUUUCAAAAUCUAUAAGUAAUCAUUGCUAGGAAAUGUGUGAGUCUGAAAAGUAUGUUUCCAGCAUGGAUCGGUAGAUGUCUCGAGCAAUUGAAGAAAAUUAAGAUUUAUAAUUGUGGGGGUGGAGGAAAUUGUUGCAGUUGAAGGAUGAGAAGUGAUAAAAAUGACGUUGGUGUUCCCUCAAGUAACUUCUCUAUGUCUUGAAAUUUUAGGGAGACUUAAGUGUUUUAACAAAAGAGUACAUGAUUCAAAAUGGCCGAUACUAAAAGAGAUGUGGAUUCUUUUUUUUCAAUAGAAAAACAUGCUUCAUUUAUCAA